AUGCCUGAAUUAGUUAGACCUACCUCACCCUUAAUAAGGUCACUUCCUUCGCAAGAAUUAAUGAAGAAAAAGCAGAAUAAGAAGUCACCUUAUAAGUAUACAGAAGAUGUUGGGAAAUACGAUGGUACCGAUGCCAGUACAGCAGUUGAGGCUUCAUUAUUGCAAGAUUUGGAUAUUAUAUUGCAUAAAAAAUUGCAGAUGAAUAAUACGACUUUUGAUCAACCGGGGUCACCGGGAACUACGAAUAACUCCUCUAAUGGGACAAAUGUGGGGUUUCAAAUGAAUGAGGAGGAAAGAGAAAAUGAUGAAGAAUUAGAAGUGCCUGGGGAGGAUGAAGACGAGGAUUUCACAAAUGUUGAUGAAAUAGAUGGGCCCAUUUCUCCGUCUAGCAGCUGUAAGGUUAUGAAUGAUAUCCCAAGCAGUUCUGCAUCACCUGUAUGCCUUUCUCCAAUUGUUCAGAAAAUGAAACAUAUGCCAGAGGACUCUGAGGAUAUAGUUGAUGAGAAUAUACCUAUUGAUGAGGAUUACAAAAAGCAGUUGGACCAACGUGCUGCUGAGAUUUCAUCUGGUUUUGUUUUCCAUACAGCUUCUAAGCCCACCCUUGAUUGGUCUUUAAAAGCAUUCUAUUCACUACCCGAGGAGCUCUCAGAGUGGCUAGAUUUGAAAGAUUAUAUGCUGUUGAAUAAGUCUAAAGCUUCAUUUGAAAGUAAGUUUUCUCCUGGUAACUUUGUGGAAGAUGUUGCCUACUCAAACGAAUGUGUAAAUACAUUGAAAAAAGAACUGUCAGAAGAUCAUCUCAACGGUGAUGCUAUAUUGGCAAUGUGUUACAUUGUUUUUGGUAAUUUCAAAGAAAUGCAUAAUCUGGAAUCGCAUUUGGGCAGUAUUCGAAGGAAUUCUCUACUUUUAGCUGAUGCUGCAAUGGGCAUAAUAAUCAGAGUUUUCAAGAAACAAGCGGAAUUUUGCAGGGAUAAAAAUUCCAAUUUGUCGCAAUAUAACUCUUUACUAUUUUAUUCUUCGACUGUGUUUUAUUUUAUCAUUUGCGUUUGCAUAGAGACUAGGGCCUCCGACCAAGACAUCGUUGAUAAAGUAAUAGAUACGAUUUUCGAAGCGGGUAUUUUGGAAUUCAUAACAAUGUACAUAGAGCAUUGGCGCUGGCAUAGCAGGCUUUGCAUGAGGAUACGGAAUAUGCUUAUGAUAUCGUUCAAGCUUCUAACCCUCCAAUUUGGAGAUGAAGUCCAUUAUCAGAAGGUUAGAACUUAUAUUCAUAAUUUACACGGGAUUGAAACUUACGAAAAUAGGCCGGAAAAAUUAACCGCUUCUCCGCUGGAUUAUGAAGCAUUCCGUAUAGAUAUCAACUCCAGGUUCCCAAUUUCAAAGGCUUUGGAAUCCAAAAUACCUAAAGAUUUUGAUAACCCUAACUCAUUGUCACAAUUCUUGGAGAUACCAAGGCCUAAGGCCCAUAGUGCUGUAAAAAUGACGCUCCCUGAACCACAAUUACAUAUAGCAACUCCGGUGCCAUCGCCGCCAGGUUCUCCAAUAUCUCCAUAUACUCCAAAAACUCGGAAAUCAUUCCAAACAAACUUGUGUUAUCCGUCAUUAUAUCCAUCAGAUGAUGAAGAUAAUACAGAUGAAUUGGAAAGCAGGAUCCAACUUCCAGACGAACUUGAUAAUAACAACGUUCUUCCUUACAAUGUCCAAGAGGCCAUAGAGAUCCUUUCUAAAAAUAUAGAAAUAAAGCUUUCGGUUAAACAGUUGUGGCACGAACGGAGCCUAUUCAUGAUGCAAGAACGAGGAUGGAACGAAGCAGAAAAGCAUUCAAACGACCCGUACGAUUAUUCAGCACUAGAAGAUAAUUCACAGGAAAUCAAAACCAUGAGACGUAUUGAAAAUUACUACCAGAAAUGUUUGCCAAGCUUAAUAUCCUUGGUUUAUGUUUUGUUGCAAACAAUCGAAUCGAAUUUGAAUAUCCAUGAAUACUUUGUCAAAGACUUCCCGGCUGACAUGUCUAUAGAACUGUUAACCCCGCAGUUAGAAAUUAGUAGAGCAAAAGAAAUUUUAAUGAGAUCUUCCAGCGGUAUUCUAUUUACAUUGUUGAAAUGGUUCAAGUUAAGCCACAUUUUGAAGUUUGAAUACUUGUCGUCGCUUAUCUAUGAUUCAAAAGUUACCGACGUUUUCAUCCCAUUAUUGUCCAAAUUCACAUAUAAUUACAACGACAGACUAUACAAACGAACUGUUAUGUUACCACACUCAUUCUUCGCAGAAUGCAGCAAGAACAACUUAAUAUAUCGCGAUUCCUACGAUGAGAAGUUCACUCAACUGUACCCCUUGGACUCUGAGGUGAAUAUAAGGAUGAUCUCUUCAGAGGUUUAUAUGCUCGAGGUGCUAUCAAAAAUCAUAGGUAAAAAAACAUACAGAUUAAAGGAAUUGCCACUAAACAUCGGUACUCUUUUCUGCAAACUAUACCAAAUCUUCAAUCUAGACAUCUACCGCCCCAUAUUAAGACUAGUGAAAGAACUUACCCCAUUCAAAAAUAAAAGAUGGAAAUCUGAACACAUAGAAUUGAUAUCCGGCGUUUAUCUAUACGAAAAACUCUCCUUGGUGGACAAUUGGGUAGCUGGUAAAGAUAUAUCUGGUGAGAUGCACGAUGCUUAUGGUCACGAAAUAGCUUUAAGAGCAAUGCUACAAUUUUACAACUUCACUCACUACAAAAUACCAAUGGAACAGUGCGGUUACACUGAAAAACCAAGCAAAUCCUUUUUCAGCAAAGAAUCUGAAAUAUUAACAUCUAAUUAUUGA